AUGAAUUUCGAGAAAGAACUCAACAAUUUUUCAAGUUCAAACAACAAUGAAAUUAUAUUUGACAGUGAUUACCAGCCAACAACUCGAAACUAUUUUAAUAUGUGUGUACUUGGGAGGCAAAACAUUGGGAUUAUUAUUAUCACUGAGACGGGAUAUUCGUUUGGUGCGUACUUUUCUGAAAUAAUCGAUAACCCUGCGAAUAACAAUAACAAUGUUUUUAAUGAUAAAGACAAAAUUUUUAUUUUCACUUUAAAUUCGCCGACAAAGCCAUUGAGAAAAUUCCAGGAAAUUAGUUUUUCAAGUACUGUAAACAAGAAAAAGCUUCAAAUUUACGAUUUCACAGAAAACGAAAACGAUAAUUAUAUUUUUGCAGUGACUUCUGCAUUUGGAUUUUGGAAAACACAACUCUUUGAUGACAAUUCGGGUUACAUAUAUUAUAAUAUAUCAAAUUUUUUCGAAGGAAAUUUAAAAAGUCAAGAUUUGGUUGGAACAAGCAAUGAAUUUGAAGGAAACAACACUUAUUUCAAAAUUGCAAGACUAUUGGUUGUUCAAUUUUAUAAUUGA